AUGGGAUAUGUUGUAUUUUAUACAUUUCAGCUAGAGUCUGGAUACCUGAAUCACGUGAUUGAAGUUUUUGAGAGGAUAGGAUAUCUAGAGUCUGGAUACAUGAAUCACGUGAUAUCUGUGUUUGAGAGGUUAAGAUAUGUUGUAUUUUAUAUAUUUCAGCAGGAGUCUGGAUACCUGAAUCACGUGAUAUCUGUGUUUGAUAGGAUAGGAUAUGUUGAGGAGUCUGGAUACCUGAAUCACGUGAUAUCCGUGUUUGAGAGGAUAGGAUAUGUUGUAUUUUAUAUAUUUCAGCAGGAAUCUGGAUACCUGAAUCACGUGAUAUCCGUGUUUGAGAGGAGAGGAUAUGAUGUAUUUAAUAUAUUUCAGCUAGAGUCUGGAUACCUGAAUCACGUGAUAUCCGUGUUUGAGAGGAUAGGAUAUGCUGUUGGUGAUAACAAGUCUGAUUGGGAUGUACUCUGGUCACAUGAGUAUCCGUUUGUACAGUUGGCCAAAAAAAUCUCGAAUCUUAAGCCUCAUCAGAAGGUAAACCAUUUCCCUGGGUCAGGUUUCAUCACCAGUAAGGUCCAUCUAGCAGUCUCCAUAAAUCCCUAUAUACCCAGGGCCUUCAGGAUCCCCAAGGAAAAGGACAAAUUUCUUCAAUAUGCAGAGGAGCAUCCAGACACGCUGUGGGUCAAGAAAAGGAACAACCACAGAGGAAUCAAGAUAACAAAUGUACAGGAACUAGACUUGUCAGAGGAAGGUUCCUUUGUUCAGGUGUUUGUGGACCGACCAUUUCUUAUUGAUGGCAGGAAGUUUGACAUUGGAGUUUACACCAUAUUGACAUCUAUAAAUCCACUGAGGGUGUAUACUAUAGAAACUGAGGCUUCUAUCAGGUUCUGUUCUCAAGAUUAUUAUCCUUUUGAUGCCCGUAACACCAGCAAGUAUGUCGUGCGAGAUGAUUUCACUCCAGUUUGGAAGAUGCCAUCCCUGAAAAAGCUGAAUAGAGAAUUAAAUUUCAACUUUAAGGAAUCAUUGAAUGCCUAUUUGGAAAGGAAAGGUCACAACGUGAGGAAGUUGUGGCGUGAUAUUUCGGCUGCUAUCAGGACUGUCUACUUACAGAAGGAGGCGGCCAUCAUUUCCGCUUCAAAUAUGUUCUCUUCUUCAAGGAAUUUCUUUGAACUGGUUCGAUUUGACUUUGCCGUAGAUGAGGAUUUAAAUGUUCACCUGAUGGAGGUGAACAUGUCUCCUAACCUGUCCUCAGAUCACAUCCCACGAAAUGCCGAGAUGUACGACAAAGUUAUGUUCAACUUACUGAGCGUGGUAUUAGUCACUCGGCCAGUCAAAAAUGACUUCUAUAAAAGUUCAGAGGAUGAAGCCAAUAUGAGAGUAUCUGACAAGGACAUUUCUGUAUUCCCUGAGUGGUGUCUCAGUAAAUCAUGUCUACAUAGCUGUCGAGAUGAGAAGUGUAAGUUGUGUAGCCAAUGUGUCUCUUUGACAAUGAAGAAAACACUUAAGUUGGCUUAUCUAGAACAUAUAAACAAAGGAAACUGUGGGCGUGUCUUCCCGCCAAAAAUGACCGAAGACUUUGCUCUAGAAUGGUCCCCCUCAACCAAAGACCGAGAAUUUCAGAGUCUGAAUAAGAGGAAUAAGUUGAUGUACAUGUGGUUUGUUGGCAAAUGUAGACAGAGUGCCGCCUGGUGUUAAAACGAAAACAGUCCAUCAUCCUUA